AUGCUCACGGCAGCCAGACCUGGCGCACCCGGCAUUAUCCAGCAUGCGCCCCAGCACUCCGGCGAUCCCGGUCACCGCCGCCAGAGCGCGUGGCACACCAGCCGCCGCCGCUCCAGCGCAUUCGGCGGCGGAAACGCGCAUUCCAGCAGUCGCGACAACGCCAUCGAGGUCAAUGGGAUUCCUAUUGACCGCCUUACGUACAUUAGCACGACCCUUGAUGCCCUGCCAGGAGUGGCGCUGCGGGAGUACUUCGUCCCUAUUAUGCGACUCAAGAAGCAGCUCCUUUUGCGCCAGCGAAACGUUCUUCAACGAUUCCCGUCUCGGGACACCGUCCAAGGUGCGGCAGCGUAUGCGAAGAUGGUAACAGACGCGCUGACGUCGCUGACCCGGGCACUCAACACGGCUGGGGGAGAUCUGAUGCUGGACGGAGGCACGGCUAGUAUGUCUUUAGAACCGAAGGAUGUCAUUGCCCGCUUGAAGGACAAAGUCGCCCCCGUCAGCAUCGAGGCUGGAGGGGUGCUGGUCUUCCCCCGUGAGCCGCCCGAGGUGUCGUUUGUGUACAUUAUCGUGGCAGGAACUGUGUCCGCGACCUUUUUCCAGCUACAAACGCAAGCGCAGUUUCCGGCGCCUCAGCAUCAGCGCCGUGGUGGCGGCUUUGGAGUGCGCAGGGAGCGACGGAUGUACUUCACCUCGGCCAAGGAUGUGGUGCGUCUGUGCGGCGGUGGCCUCGCGUCUGAAGUGGCGUUGGCUAUUGACGAUUGCGCAGCGGCCGAUUCGAUCGGAUGCAACAACUCCACCGGUGCCGGUGGCGGCGGAACGAACGUGGAUGGUGCAUCCAUGUCCAACGUAACGACUGCGAUCCAGCGCUCGUUGCGACGAGCCAGCCGCACCGCCGGACAGCCGACGCUGCGGCCCACCCGCACAGAGCAGGUGUGCGGCCCGACAGUGCUGGGGGCCGGCGAGGCUCUUGGACUGGCGCCAUUCAAGUACGUGUGCUACACCGUCUCGGCCACCUCUGUCGUUGCGCCAGCGUCAGGGACUGCGUCGGCUACGUUGAAGGGUCCAAAGGGCGACGGGGGAGCGACGCACAUGGAGUUCGUCGACGCCUUCCGAAUCCGCACGAGCGAUGUGCACGCCGCUGUCAUCGACAUCGCUGCCCAGCAGCGGGCGGAGCGGCUGCAGUGUUCUCCGAACCUGUACGUGCCGUGGUGCGCCGCCGCACCGGGCGAAGUUGUGCCGCGUGGGGCCGCCCGCACCGUCGCCGAUUUCAUCGUGGCCGCUCGGCACCGCUCCCUCUACAGCGACUAUGCCGCCACAGAGCUGCUAGUGCGGCAGAGCUGGCUGCUGCAGGAUGCUCCGGCGCAUACGAUUCGUGCAUUGAUAUCGCACAUGGUGCCACGCACAUACAUGCCUGGCGAGGUGAUGACCUGCCCGCACACGCCUGCGUCUGCUCGGCAGCUGUGCUUCCUGCGGCGCGGCCGUCUGAACGUUUUCGUGGUCCCGAAGAGCGGCAUUACUCCGGGUCUGCUGAUGAAAGGGGAGUCACAGGAUGGUUUGGUGACGUCGAGCUUCCCACGCGACGAGUGCGGCUGCUGGUGCUUGAGAGAGGCACCCGGACCCCAGCUAGCGGAGGUGGUGGAAUCGGGAGCCUCCUUUGGCGAGCUGUCGGUGCUUUUCCACGAGCCGCGCCAUUGCAUACUGCGGGCAGACACGGUGUGUGAUGUGUGGUGCCUACCGCGCCGAAAUUUCGCCGCGUUGAUGCAGCGCGAUGCCGCCCUGCGUGAUGGACUGCUACGGAAGGCGGCGGUUCUCCGCGUGGAGUGGAUGGGCGAGCAGCGCUUCACGCGCGCCCUAGCACAGCAGCUGCGGGCCGGCUCCGAGCUGCUGAAGCCGCUCCCUGAUAUUGCUAUUCGCCUCAUCCAGGAGCGGCUCGAACCGGUCAUCUACACACCGGGGUCGCUUGUGGCGAGCAGGUCGACGAGGUGCACCGAGAUGACCUUCAUCAGGCGCGGCACCGUGUCGACAAUUUGUGAAGGUAUCGCCACAUACGGCCCAGGGGACGUGCUGGGCGAGGGAUGUCUGAUCCCGCAUCGAUGGCCACUGGGGCUUGCUGCGCGCACGAUGGUGGAGGGCUGGCGAAUUAAGGUGAAGAGUCUCAUCGACGCACUCCGGCGGAUGGACCUGCUGUACCGGUACUCGGGUCUGGUCACGAGCCGAACACCGCAGCUCAUGAAGCAAAUCUUCGGCACCCCACAACCAGAGAUCGAGGUGGACACUGUUGGUCGGCAGCGCAUGCCUACGGUGGGGGCACCUCCCGGAGGCUGUACCAGCUACCUCAUGUACGGCCGUGCGGUGAGCGAGGUGCACCUGAAGGCGCUGUGCUUCCUCUAUCGUGACUAUGUGCGGUGGGAGGACAUCAACUACUCGACCUUGGGCUGUGUGGCUGACAAGUCAGACGCGGCAAUUCCGCAGACGGCUCUCGAUGCUGUUGCUCGUCAGGUGGCCAUCAGCCGCCUUAGCGGAGGAAAAGGUCAGCAGGUGUCUGUCGCGCUGAGCCAGCUCCAACAGCGUCAAGGCGCUGGUGAACCCGGCGGCAAGCAUCGGAAGAUCGCCAGCGAUAUCUCUGCUGUCGCCGCUGGCUCUGCGACCACCACCGUUCCUCUGCCCAGCCUAAACGACACUCCUGCCGCUGCAGGGUCCCGACGCAACACCGCUCGAACCAGUGAUGGACGGCGCCGACCUACUCGCCCGCCGCGCGUCGGUAGCUGCGCUGUCCCCGGACAGCGGCUGGCAAAUACCGGCGCCUUCCUAGUGAAGCAGGCUUUCUUCGGCAAGGACGUGCCAUCGAAAGCCGCAACACAUGCUCACGGUCGCCACAGCCACCUACCGCUGCCGCCUCGUCUGCAUCGCAUGGUGCGCCUGCUUGAGGAACGCGACCGCACCUGGAUGGCUGAGCAGUGCCACGAGGCCGCGCUCGCGCAGGAGAUCAAUCAGCGCGACGCUGCCGUUCGGAAUCGAGCCGCGCUGCGGUCGAGGGCGACGGCGAGCACGUCACCGCCUGAGAGCGAGCCAUCCCGCUCUGAGACAGAGGCAGCAACUGUGACAGCCAUGUGCGCCCCACGCACCGCCGCAAGCGUUCUCUCCGACACCAGUCCCGCCCCUGUGCACAUCUUCCUUCAGGGGGAGAGGCCAAAGUACGAGUUGACUCUUAGCGAGGCCAUCGCCGUCGGCUACGUCAUGCAGCUGCCUGACAUCGCCCACAUCCAGCACUCAGUCUCGAUGGUGGACCCGGACGUCGCGGUCGGGCCGCCGGCGCAGCGGGGACGCCGGCACCUCAUGUCCGUCACCCCCAACGAUCGCUACACGAAGCACAACUUUCUUUUCGCGGCUGCAGAUCUCGAAGACGGCAACUCUGCUGAGACGCAGCAGAAGGCUGCGGAGGUCCAGACGGAGGCGAAGCUGCGUAGCAAGACACGGAAACUGUUCACCAUGAUGCGAACUACUGUGGCGUCCCGCAUGGACAGCGAGGCGGCGGCUACGUCAGCGGUAUUCUUUCACCCAUCAGCAGUUUCGGGCGAGUACAGCCCCACUGCCGGCAGUGCUGCGGCUCCACCGCCUGACACACUGGUGCUGGUGAAUGAGUCGCAGAUGCAGUCGCUGAACAGCGACACGGAAAGACUGGGGAGCUCUCCUGCAGCCGCCUUCACCCCGUCGCCGGAUCGUCCUGGGCAGCAGCAGGCGCUUCUGUCGAGUCCCGGCAACGCCGUCCGCGCAGGCUCGAUGGCGACGCAGUCGUCCUUGUGCGUCUCUCCUAGCAAAAGUAGCCGUCAGAAAAAAGAGGAGGCGUUCCAGCGGUUGGCCCAGCGAGACCCAGCGCAGGCGAUCGAGCUGCUGUGCAAGCACUACGACAUCCCUUGUAGCUCCGCGUGGGCUAGCGCGCACUUCGACAUGGCGUCUCCAGCGCAGCAAGUCAGGGACGGGUGCAGCGUCAGCGGCUCCGGUUAUAUGGCACCGCCAGUGCCCGCAUCGGUGGAGUCGCAGCGACGCGCGCAGGAGCUGCAGAGGCCCAGCCUUCUUGAGCGGCUAGAGGCGGCGGCUACGGCUAGCAUGCUGAGUGCUACUGCCACGGGCGGGCUGUCGGCGUCUCUGCUGGCGCUGUCGCUUAAGUUGAGCGCAAGUGCGAGGGACGCUGAGGCGCCGCAAAGAAGUGAGGCUGGCACCGAGGACGACGGUGUACUUCUCACAGACAACAGGGCGCCGUCCUACCCGCAGCUGGUGCGGGCCACGGCGCGGGAUCGCUGGCACAGCGCCAAUUGCCUCACUGCCGGGAGUGCUCCACCGCUCACGUCAGAAGCGUCGGUGCAGCCGCUGCUGCAGAAAGUGGCCGAUACGAAUGUGGCAACCACGAGCGUUACUGCGAAGGUGGCUGCGCCCGGUGCGGGUCUUGUGGAGCACUUCUACCGAGGCAGCCAGCGGUGCAGAGGCCCUGCCCUCUUCGUGGAGGGCUACGGGCCGCUGCAGCCGGUGCCGGAGUACUUGGUAGAGUACCCGCCCACUAUCCACGCCAGCGCCGUUGGUGGCGGUGAGCUGUACGUGGGCACCGGCAGUAUAGACCGUGCUGGGGGGAAUGGAGCGCGUUUUUCGCGCCCGUCCACAUCGAUGGCAGCCGCCGCGGCCUUGCGGCGCAGCGUCUCACGUCAAGGUGGCCUGAACAGCUCUUUCUGCGGCGGAGAUGGCAGUCACCAGCGCUACCCCUUCCGCUGCGGCAGCUCCUCCCCGUCCGGCAACGCAGGGCAGAUGGGCCGGCGGAAGGAGGAGUUCAUCAUGCCGGACGCCGAGGCCACCGAGAUGCUCAUCCGCCGCAUCCAACGCGAUGUGGACGGGCUGAAUGAGGUGGCGAAGGAGCAGCGGCGUGAGCGCGAUCUGGCACACAUGCGCAACGGCCGCGCAGGCAGGUACCUGACGGCGCUGGAGGCGACCCUUAGCAAGCCCAACAAGGAGGAACUUGAAUUGCUGGAGGCGUGGCGGAUGCAGUAUCGACACAUAGGCAGCGAACCGCUGCGUCCCGCCUUGCUCCCCGUCGCGCUGCGCGCCGAGGCCGGUCAAGACUAUAUGAAGCAAGAACUCGAGUACCUGGCCGAUGCCCCCACCCCAAUGGAUGAUCCGGUGUGGCGCUACACGUCUGGCGUGCAGGAAUGGCAGGACCAGCAAGCGGGCUCGGACGAGGGAACCUCUCUCUUCUCUGGAGCACUGGCGGCAGCGGGGUCUGGGACCAAUGAGUUGGGUGGCGGUGCCGCUUCUGCACUGGACGGGCCACGGCGCGUGGUGGCCACCAUCGGCUCAAUAAGCCUGGGCUUUACCCCUGCUCCCCUGCAGAGUCCAUCUGUGCACCUGAGCCUCGGCGACUACGAGGCGUGGACGCGCCAGCGCGAGGACUUCUUCGCCGCGUACAAGCGCCUCUUGGAUAGACGCGGCGAGGACGGCAAGCAGGAAGGGUGGGCUGCCGCGCCAGCAGCACCGCUGGCGGUUCCGAAGCCGCGCUUCACCCCAGCGCCGCCGUCGUCGGGGCUGUGGUCGACACCCGUUACUCCGGCCCCUUCCCGGACACCGCCGUCCGAAGUUCCCGCCGAGCAGCCGGCCGAUUUUCGAAUGAUCAUGGACCCCCGCUCAGAGGACAGCGACGCCGACGAGGGGUAG